AUGACUAUAUUUUUGGUCGAAGCUGCACAUAUUGAGCAGUCCCGGUUUGAGAGGAAUUUCGAGCUGAAGUACUACGCCAUUACUACCCGGUCUGGUCCGAAUGCCACAGCGGUAGCUGUUGCAGGUGUUUCGGGACAGCUUUGGUCCCCGAGCACCUUUGGAUCAAUCAUCGUUGUUGAUGACAUGUUGCUUAAACACCCAAACCCAUACUCGCAAAGCGUUGGCCGAGUCCAACGCUUGGUAGUGGCGGCAUCAAUAGAUGGAAGGUACAACUAUGUCACCCUCUCUGCUAUAUUCACAAGCAACGAGCACAAUAGCAGCACGUUACAGGCACAAGGAACAUUCGAUAGGGCUUCCAGGGAACCUAGCGAGCUCUCUAUCGUAGGAGGUACAGGAAAGUUUAAGCGCGCUAGUGGAAUUGCUAUUGUUCAAACAUAUGACUUCUUACUUUUUCAAGCCAUCUUCAAGUUUUCACUUCCCAAAUGA